CAUGUAAACAUUUUGUAAUCAAAGUUGAUGUGUUAGAAGCAGGAAAAAUGGGCAAGUGUUAGUGUCAGAACAUCUCCAUAAAAAGAAGCUCUUGUGGGAUGUUCCUGGUAUCCAGUGGUCAGUAUCUAUCAAAAGUGGUACAAGGAAGGAACAGUGGUGAACCGGCGACAGGGUCAUGGGCAGCCAGGGCUCAUAGAUUCACAUGGGAAACGAAGGUUGGCCCGUGUGGUCUGAUCCAACAGACGAGCUCCUGUAGCUCAAAUUGCUGUAGAAGUUAAUACUGUUAAUACUCUAUGGGUCAGUAUUGUUUUGGCAGCAAAAGGGGGACCAACACAAAAUUAGGCAGGUGGGCAUAACGUUAUGCCUGAUGAAUAACUAAUGUAUUGUCCUUUUGUUAGAGUACAAGCGCCAUCUUGUGUAUGACCAGCUUCGUCACAAGAAUUUCUAGUUUUUCGCCAUUUUACACGCAACUUCCGGUUGUGCAGCAGCCAUUUUGUCGGUUCGUGCAAGUCCGCCCCAACACGGUCACGAACAGCAGUUCCCACUUGGAAAAUAUUUAAUAAUACCGGUCUCUAAAUUUCACCCGAACACAGGAGCAGGUCCAGGAGAGUCCUUUGUGAAUUUUAGGAGGGAAAGCUUUGGCUGGUUGAGGGUCUUUCGGGAGGGUUGUAUGUAUGUCGUGUGUGUGAGCGUGCCGCUGGUCGUGUGUUAUGUCGAGCGAGGAGAGCUACUUGGCCAUUCAGCGCUAUUUAACGGAUGAGCGCGAGCCCUACGCCCCCGGCACUCACGGCAACGUCAAGAGGAAGAUCCGCAAGGCUGCCGCCUGCUACGUCGUGCGGGACGGAGUGCUGUUUUACCAGCGCCGCCACCGCGGUCAGGAGGGCUUCAUCGAGCUCGAAGUGGUGCUGCAGGCCGAGCGGCGGAAGGAACUGAUCUUCGAGGCUCACAUCUCUGGAGGAGAGCAUCUUAAUCAGCAUCUCACCUGGGAGAGCCUUUCACAGAAAUACUGGUGGAGAGGAAUCCUAAAGCAAGUAAAGGAUUGCAUUAAGGACUGUGGGUGCCAACAGAAGCAGGAGCGUGGGAAAGUCAGUGCUGAGGAUGCAUCAGGAUCCCACGGUCCAGGUAGAAAAAAAGAGGAGGAUGAAGAUGAUGAUGAGGAAGAAGCUCUAGCGGAACUGCAUGCCACCAUUCAGAUGAAGCCGAAGGCUGCCAGUGUUGGCAAACAUGAACUGGUUUUUGUGGACAGUAAAGGUGUUGUAAAGCAGUUCCUGCCAAAACAUGGCCAGACCAUGUUAGACAAGCUGAAUCAGCAGCGAUUAAAUAACCAAUUCUGUGACAUUACCCUGCUCAUUGAGGCUGAGGAAUAUCGGGCACACAAAGCUGUCUUGGCUUCCUGUAGUGAUUACUUCUAUGAGCUGUUUGUUGAGAAGGGUGCUGUGUCCAGUCAUGAAGCCAUUGUGGAUCUCUCAGGCUUUAGCAAGGCAAGCUUCCUGCCUUUGUUGGAGUUUGCCUACACUUCAGAGCUGACCUUCAACUUCUGCGUUAUGGCAGAAGUGGCCAUGCUUGCACGGCACCUGCUCAUGCCCGAGGUCCUUCAGAUUUGCGAGAUGGUGCACAAAAAAGUGGAGGAGCAGAAGCUAAUGGUUUAUCAACAAGGAGACGUGCACACGGUAAUAGCCAGGGAAACUCUGCCUUCUCAGUCGGUGGCCCCUUCUGAUUCUGCUUAUGUUGUGGCCAUGGAGAGUGAUGGCCAGGCAGUGGUGGCUAGCUCUGGACAGUCUGAACACUCAAUAACUGUUAUCACUAGCGAAGACGCAACGGCUGAAUCUUUGGCUUUGCUUGCUGGUGCAACAGUGGACGGGGAGACUAUGACCGUGGUCACACACAGCGGCCAGGCUGGCUUGCCCGAAUCACUCUCUCUUGUAGCCCAUAAUGGCCAGCCAGAAGCUGGUGAAACCAUGACUGUGGUCACUCACUCUGGACAAGCGGGCUCAAGUGAAUCCCUGGCUGUGGUCCAGGCGUGCUGGACAGUGGAAGAGCCUCAGGUUGCAGAAACAAAUGUAGCAGGGAGCAUGGAGCCUGGUGCCUACAUUAUUAGCGUCAAGCCAGGCAAGACGAGUCCUACCGAGAAAAUUCAUCUAACCGCACCACCACCGGCUCUUCAAGAGGAACCGCUUGUCCAGGUUUUAGAGCCUCCACCCCAACAGGAGGUACUUACACAACAGCCUCCACCUGCUGCACCUCAGAAAAGGGGCCCGGGGAGGCCCCCGAAGGUAAAGCAGCCCCCACAAGAACAGCAGUCAGUUGUGACCGAGGUUGCAGAGAGUGUACCAAUGGGAGGAGAGGAUGAGAAGAAAGAGGAUCUAGAGACUGCAGACCCUAAUAAGAGGCUGCUGAGGAAGCGGUCAGUGAGGGAGGGAGGAUACGUUCGUCUGCAUAUGGGAAUUGAGACAGAGGAAGAGAUGUCAAACACAGUGAAGACAUCUCCGAGACUGGCGAAGCGAGGCCGCAUAUCACAGUCUCUCAAGAGGCCAUCAAUUGACUCUCCUGAAAAUGAGCUUCAGCCUGUCUCUGAUGGUACAGAAACAUUACCUGAUGGAGCAGAGGCAGUUGAACCCGAGGCGAUGUCUAUAGAAGAAGUAGCAGUACGAGAAAAAACAGAAGGAGCAGUAGAUGGAGAACAUACAUGCAGCGAGUGUGGCAUGGUGUUCCAAAGACGCUACACCCUGAUCAUGCACAUGCUGAAGCAUGAGAAGUCACGCAACUUCAAAUGCACUCUGUGUAACAAAGAGUUCCAGUAUUCCGUCUCCCUCCGUGCCCACUUGACUCGUCAUAAGCACCAGAAGACCCAGAGAUCAACUUUAGCUCGAGGAGGAGAUGACGAGGUCUCAGAUAGGGUUGUUAGUCAGUCCAAAAGUCGCACCAAGCGCGAGUUUGUGUGUGAUAUUUGCAAUAAGACUCUGCCCAAGCUGUACUCUUUGCGGAUCCACAUGCUGAACCAUACAGGCGUGCGACCACACUCCUGCCGGGUCUGUGGGAAGAGCUUUGCCACCAAACACAACCUAAAGAUGCACCAAGCACUGCAUGAUGCAUCCAAGCGUUUCUACUGCACCUUGUGCGACAAGUCCUUCAUCAGCAAGAGGGGCCUGGAUGAGCACAUCAGUGUCCAUACAGGUGAAUCGAAAUAUUUUUGCCAGACAUGCGGCGCAUCAUUUCACCGGGCAUCUGGACUAAGCAAACACGUGAAAAAACAUCAACCCAUGACAAAGACCCGUUCAUUCCAAUGCUCCCACUGUGAUAAAAGCUUCUAUGAUGCGAAGGAUUUGCAGCAGCACAUGAAUAAGCACUUGGGCUUGAAACCAUUCCAGUGCCAGGUGUGUGGGAAGAGCUACAGCUGGAAGAAAGAUUGGUAUUCUCAUGUAAAAUCACACAACGUUGCAGAACCUUACAGGUGUAAUGUUUGUGGGAAGGAGUUCUUUGAGAAGGCUCUGUUCAGGAGGCAUGUGAAGAAUGCCACUCAUGGAAAGAAGGGUAGAGUGAAGCAGAACCUGGAAAGGGAGUGCGAACACUGCGGCAGAAAAUUCACUCAGCUUCGAGAGUACCGCCGCCACAUAAACAACCAUCAAGGUGUAAAACCGUUCGAGUGUCUGACAUGCGGUGUGGCAUGGGCUGACGCCCGAUCACUAAAGCGUCACGUGCGCACACACACAGGCGAGCGUCCCUACGUGUGUCCGCUGUGCCAGGAGGCUCACAUCGACGCCCGCACGCUGAGAAAGCACAUCUCCAAAUUCCAUGGUGAUCAGUUGCCAGGUAAGAUCAUGUUAGAAAAGGACACGCUACAGUUCCAUAAUCAAGGCACCCAGGUGGAACACGCUGUCAGCAUCCUGAGCCCCGAGCUGCCCCCUGAGCUGCGCCCAGCGGAAGCACCUUCCACCACUGAGGAGAUUGAAACUGUGCUCAUCACAGAAGAGACAGUGGAGGCCAUGCAAGCCAUAAAUGAGGGCACAGUCACGCUUUCAGACCAGAACAUAAUGCAGGUGGUGAACUAUGUCUUGGCACAGCAGCAAGCUGGUACAAAGGCAGAGGAGGAGCAAGCGUCCGAAAUCAUCCAGACCAUGGAGGUAGAGGUGGCUCAUGAAGGAGAUGUGGAGUGAUGGAAAGACACACACACAGGCGUAAAUGGCAAGAAAAUAGAGCUGAGCUGUGUCUCAAUUGUGACUGAUAAAAAAAAGUGUAUCUGGCCCAUAUAAAGCCAUAAAGUUACACAUUUAUUUUUGUUGUACAAUAUAACUUGAAGAUCUUUGUAGUCCUUCCUCAGUCGGAUUGCAUGUGUGUGAUGCCUUAACCAACAGUGUGUGUGUGUGAGCAUGUCAAAUUGACUUGUGUACUGUAAAUAUGUAGAAAAAUAUGCAGUCUGGAGGCAAUGCUAAUAAUUCACAAUAAAGUGCGUUACCUAGUUUA